UAACAUCCGGCAGUCACAGUCACCGUCGAGGGUCACUGCUGCCUGAGUAUUCCUAUCUUUGGCGUCGUGUAGACCGUAUUUCGUCCAUUUCUCCUGUAUCACUGGAUGUCGGACAAGGCUGAGGGGUCUAACGAGAACAAUGGCGGUCCUCAAAAUAGCGAGCGGAAACUGAACGUGAGAGCGCGAGUUUGGCGGGCAUGCGAGGUCUGUAGGAAACGGAAGGUCAAAUGUAACGGUCAGGAGCCGUGUGCCUACUGCGUGUCUUCAGGCAAGAUAUGCAGCUUCAAGGAUAUCAAUGACAAUGCUGCGGUCGCCCGACAACAAGCAAACACCGUCGAUUCAAGACUAGCAAAGGUGGAGGAGAAUCUAGAGAAGUUGCUACCAAUUACGAAGGCUUUCGAGGCAUGGAUGCGGCAGAAUCCCCAGCAAUUUCCCUUUAGCAUUCCCAACAGUGAUUCUGGUCCUUCCCAGCCUUCGCAGAAUUCCCACAAGUCCACACCCGAGCUAUCGCACCCCCGCGUACCGUAUCGCCCAUCUGCAACCAUUCAGCAUCUCUCUCGAUAUCCAAGUGGCUCCGUUUUGAGUCCCACCGCCGCAUCCGAGAUAAUGGAUGGGGAUGAAAACGAGGGCCCGGAGCAAUGGUCGGACAGAUUCUCGCAUCUCACGAAAGAUAGUUAUGGAAAUCUGCGGUAUACGGGAGGAACAUCUACAUUCAUGCUCGUUGAAGCAUUAACCACAUUACAAGAUUCUGCCAGCGACGCUUCUCCGGACUCCCAAAACUCCAAUAAAAGCGCAGAUAUUACUCUUCCAUUUUUUGAUCCUUCCGGCCGUUUCAAAGUACAAGAGGCUUUACCGCGCCCGGAAGAUAUCGAUUAUCCUUCAUCUGAACGAGCAGAUGAACUCGUAUCCCUCUAUUUCACCCACAUACAUUAUACUUUUCCAAUACUCCACCAACACGUAUUCCUGGAACGUUACACGAAAACUAUGACGGCCAAGUCGGCCGGCAAACCAUCCAAGGACAGUGCUUUUCUAGCGUCCUUAUUCGCGGUAUUUGCUUGUGGAGCAUGUAUAUCGAAGAAGGGGAAAAGCACUGAUCCCCAAAUGCGGCGGUUUGGCGGCAUGGAGUUCUAUGAAAAGGCUCAGCUUCUGUUUUGGACGAGUGCUGGAUUAUCUCAAAUUGAAUUGGUGCAAUGCGUCGCCAUUCUAGCCAUCUGUAACGCGAAUUGGAAUACUCUUGCCCAAAGUUGGAUCAACGCCGGUCAGGCCGUCCGUAGAGCGCAGGAUCUGGGGCUCCACCGCUCAUCGCGCCGAUCGUCUUUGCCUCCUUUUGAGAAAGAGAUGCGCAGGCGAGUGUGGUGGUGUGUCUAUGGUAUUGAUCGUGUUCUUUCUAUCGCACUGGGGAGGCCAAGCGGCGCCCAUGAUGAUGACUGUAAUGUCGAAAUGCCGGCCGAGCUUGAUGAUGCUCAGCUCCUUGCGUCUGUCGAAGGUGUUAAUAUCUCGAAGACCGGGGAAUCAUUCAUGACAGGCUUUGUUGCGCUCCUUGAAAUAUAUAUCAUAGCGGGCAAAGUUAUGCGCUUCGUGCACUCCCUGCAAAUUAAUGACCCUCUAAGCGAACAAACACGAAAAACAGUUUCUGCUAUUGAUGCCGAGUUAGAGCAUUGGUUGAACCGUUUACCUCCAAGCGUUCGAUUUGCCGCAAACAACCGACAAAAUCGCAAGAUGCUAACGCUAUGUCUCAUUACCUUCUUUGUGUAUUAUUCCGCUGUCAUCGACUUGCAUCGACCAUUCAUCCCUGACGGAACCUCUUUAUCUCCUGAUCUGACUUCGUUGGGUCAGUGCAUGAGCGCCGCACGAUCCUGUAUCAGGAUAGGUGAAAUAACGCAAGAGAUGCUUCCAACUUCGCACCAUUUGGCGUUCGCGGUCCAAUUCAUUACACUGAGUGGUAUAACUCUUCUUCGUUGCGUCUAUUACCUGAAUCACCAAGAACUUGUUACUGCCAUCAUAAAUGAUGCCGAGAAAUGCGUCAAAAUUCUGGAAAAAAUGCAGGAAAUAUGGCCUGCAUCUAAGCGCUGUGGGGAAAUCGUUUCUGAUCUGCUGGUAAUGGUAAAGACGAGAUUGUAUGGUGGUUCGUCUGCAAUCGAGGAUUUACAAGCCGCCCAACAACAAGCCCAGUCACUUUCAUCUAAGAAUCAGGAACGACCCGAACCGCUCAGCUCAACGGCGUCGGCGUCGCGAGGAAAGCGGAAGAGAUCUGAUGCCGAAGUUGCUUCCUCACAACGAAAUCGUGUCAAUGGGCACGCAUGGGAGAACGGCAUACCGUCGUCCUCCCACGUUUCUGAGGGACACAAGACUCUUAAUAACAGUUCGCAUCAUUCUAGCGGCCUCGGAAUGAUGGAUCCCGGUCUCGCGGAAGGGCGAUCACACCAGCGACUAUCCAAUCUUCGUACUUCGAUGGAACCGGUCGCAGAACCGAACGGCCCUUAUCCUGGACAACACUCCUAUUCUCCGUCGCAACAUAACCCUGUGUCCGGCCAUUCGCGAAUACCUCAAUCUCCUACUCAUCAGAUGGGUCCACCACCUCCACCACAUGUCUACUCUCCUUCCAACCCAACGCCGCCACAACUAUCUCUGGAUAUCAAUGCUAUAUAUGCUGGACAACAUUGGGGAAUGUGAUAAAGCCUUCGGCGCAACCAAGCGCUCAAAUGUUUGAGGAAAACGCCCAAGUGCUAUGGCAGGCUUUCCAUGAACAGCAGGACUGGCCUUUUAGUGGGGGUACGAAUUCAGGAUU